AUGAAUGGCAUCAACUUUCCGGAUCCUUCAGUCAUACGAAUUGGCAACGAAUGGUGGGCUUUUGCAACCAUGGGACGUGUGAAUGGAGAGCGCGUUCACGUUCAGAUGGCCAAAAGCGCGUACAACGACUUCAAUACCUGGACAAGCUAUGGCGAGCGAGAUGCACUUCCAAAUCUGCCAAGUUGGGUUCAUCCUGACAGUCCCGCGGUAUGGGCGCCAGACGUUGUACAGCUCGGUCCUGGUCGCUUCAUCAUGUACUAUACCGCCGCACUCAAGUCUAACUCCAAACUACACUGUCUAGGCACCGCUUCGGCUUCUACAGUCACUGGUCCAUACACCCCUAUUGGCCCCGAUCCGUGGGCUUGCCCCACAGGGCAAGGUGGUGCGAUAGAUCCUGCUGGUUACUAUGACCCCAAGGACAACACACGUUGGGUAGUUUAUAAGAUUGAUGCUAAUGCGAUUGGACAUGGUGGCUUUUGCGGAAAUACCGUAAAGCCCAUUCUCAGCACCCCAAUCAUGCUCCAGAAGGUGUCCGUAGACAACGGUUUUACAAAGAUUGGUCUUCCGACACCUAUGAUAUACAACGAUCCUGCCGAUGGACCAUAUGUCGAAGCACCGGCUCUCACAAAGAUGUCUGAUGGAACAUACGUUCUGUUCUAUAGCUCGAACUGCUUCGUCACUCCUCUUUACGAUGUAUCUUAUGCAACAUCGAAGAAUAUUCGUGGGCCAUACAAGAAGUUUGGCGGUCUGAUCAAGACCGGCACGUAUGGACUCAGAGCCCCAGGUGGUCUGGACAUGGCUAUCAACGGAGACCAUGCCGUAUUCCAUGCAGACUGGAAAGGAGGACGGGCCAUGUUUACUGCGCUUAUCCGGCCUAGAGGGAAUAACCAACUACAAGUGUAUGUCAAGAAUGCUUGA